CAGAGGUAGGGGAUGUGUAACCGUGGAUGGUGCGGGUGCGUAUUAUGGAGGUUUACGCACGAUGAACGUGAACGGACGCGCGGGUUGAUUAACGGAUUUUAGCGAUUCGCAACGCUUGGUGUUUCGAGUGGCACUGCAUCAGGAGUUGUUGAUAACCAGAACUGCUACAUUGCCUCCUAGUUGCUCGCAUUGAUUGGAUGGAUUUCUUCGCCGUUGUUAUUUUGCCAGUCGUUUUCUCUCUAUGAACACAAGAGCCAUUCUGGAUAAAUUGGGGUUUGGCAUUGGGGCAUCAAAUGCGGUAACGUCGUUUCUAUGUUUACACUUGCCACACUAAAAGUAGAAGGUGACAGUAAGGAUGACAUAGAGGACCAACGCUUAAACGUAUGUUGUCUUGUCUUGCGAAUGAUGGCGAGCGACGGUGACAGUGCAAUGAGAAAAAGCUUAAUAUAGCCAACGUUAUCCCUGCAAGUGGUUCUUUGCUUCCUCUGAAAUGGAUCAUACGAUGAGCACCGCGACAUUAACGGUAAACCAAUGGUGAGUAGAAACGAGCAAAGGCGAAACACAAGAAAAUAUAAACCGUGACAGCACAGUAAAGCAGACCGCUUUUGGAAAUGGAGACGGCUUGUCUAUUUUGGAUGCUGUUUCUAUGGACGGUAACGGGCCCGUUAGUAAUGACCUGCUCCGAUGCUGGCUCGCAGCGCUCCGAGUCGAUGGCGAUCCGUAUUCCCCUGCGGCAAGGCCCCCUCUCCGAAGCGCAGCCUGCGGUUCCAAAGCCCGCAUCAAGGGCGACUCGUAAGCGGCGAGCCGUCGGUGGUAUCAGCUUUGUGGAUAUGAUAGACAAUCUCCGGGGGAAAUCUGGACAAGGUUACUACGUCGAGAUGGCCGUUGGCGACCCUGCUCAAAAGCUGAACAUCUUGGUUGACACGGGCAGCAGUAAUUUCGCUGUUGGAGCAGCCCCUCACCCGUUCCUUCGCAAAUACUACCACCGAUCACUGUCCACCUCGUAUAAGGACCUGGGCCUGAGUGUGUAUGUUCCCUACACGCAGGGCCGCUGGGAGGGGGAGCUGGGCACUGACCUGGUGUCCAUCCCCCACGGUCCCAACGCGUCCCUGCGGGCCAACAUUGCCGCCAUCACCCAGUCCGACCGCUUCUUCAUCAAUGGCUCCAACUGGGAGGGGAUCCUGGGACUGGCCUAUGCAGAGAUUGCCAGGCCUGAUGAGACCCUGGAGCCGUUCUUUGACUCCCUGGUUCAGCAGACCAGCGUGCCCAACCUCUUCUCCCUGCAGCUGUGUGGCGUUGGUGUUGGCUACACACAGAACGACACCCUGGGGGGCAGCGCCACCGUGGGAGGAAGCAUGAUUAUCGGUGGCACGGACCCCUCCCUGUAUGUAGGAGACCUGUGGUACACUCCCAUUCGUCGCGAGUGGUAUUAUGAGGUCAUCAUUGUGCGCAUCGAGGUCAAUGGACAGGAUCUCAACAUGGAUUGUAAAGAGUAUAAUUACGACAAGAGUAUUGUGGAUAGUGGGACCACCAACUUAAGACUUCCUCGCAAAGUUUUCCAAGCAGCAGUGAAAGCCAUCGAGGCAGCUUCCUCGACAGAGAAGUUCCCAGAGGGGUUUUGGGUGGGCGAGCAGCUGGUGUGCUGGCCGGCGGGCACCACCCCCUGGCACAUCUUCCCCGUCAUCUCCCUCUACCUGAUGAGUGAGAACCGCAACCAGUCGUUUCGCAUCUCCAUCCUGCCACAGCAAUACCUACGUCCUGUAGACGACGUGUCCUUGGCUCAGGAGGACUGCUUCAAGUUCGCCAUGUCCCAGUCGAGCACAGGGACGGUCAUGGGGGCCGUUAUCAUGGAGGGCUUCUACGUGGUGUUUGACCGCCAGAAUAAGCGCAUCGGCUUUGCAGUCAGCACAUGCCAUGUGCACGAUGAGUUCCGCACGGCCUCGGUGGAGGGCCCCUUCCACGGCUUCGACCUGGAGGACUGCGGCUACAACAUCCCGCAGACGGACGAGUCCACGCUCAUGACCAUCGCCUACAUCAUGGCGGGCAUCUGCGCCCUCUUCAUGCUCCCCUUGUGCCUCAUGGUGUGCCAGUGGCGCUUCGCCCGUUGCCUGCGUCCUUUAACCGGAGGGGAUUUCGCCGACGACAUCUCUCUCCUGAAGUAGGCUAACCCAUGUGUGUCGUUUUUUUGUUUUGUGUUUGAUAAAAUGGACAGACAAAAAUGUGUCGCAUUAUUUUAACUCAAAGGAGUUAUCGAUGUGUCCAUGAGUGACCGCAGAACCAAUGCAAAAACAAGUGGGACAUGGUGUGUCGGAAAUGAUGAAAAACACACAAAUACUUACACGCACACUAACACACGUGUGUGUAUGUGUGUGUGUGCAAACACAAAGGGUAAGAAUGUCUCCUCUAAAUGUUGAGUGUAAAUGUUUUUUUUUUAAUCGCACAGACAUCAAAGUGCUGAUGUCAUCAUGGCAGUGUUGCAGCUGUCAGUGAGGGAGGGUGCUUAACGUGUAUAUGGUCGGUCGGUGUGUGUAACUGUUCUUGUGUGUUUACGGCUGUUAUUGAACAUGCGUGUGUACAGCAUGAGUGGAAACUUAUCCAGAUCAGGAGACUUUAAAGAUGAAUUUACCCGAAUAGUGAAAGACACUGAGCGCAGUUACAUGCAAGGAAUAUUACAGAUUUUAAGCGGAAUGGUGGCAGUAUUCGGUUUGUACAUGAAUUGCAAACUCAUGCCGAAUUACCAUGUUUCACGAAUAUUACGAAUGCUGUUCCACAC